AUGCACCUCGUUGUGAGAAACACAGUAUUGAUAGGACUCGCUGCGUUUGGCUAUGUCGCACUCUGGAAGUUCGCAAGCGACAACGGCACUUUCGCGUUGACGCGAGAGUCGUCAUUACAAAACCGCCUACCAGGAACCGGCGAAGAAUAUGCUACAGAAUUCACGCGAUGGCGCUGGCUAGACGAAUUCUUACGAGGCAUCCUUACGAUUUUCUGGCCGAUGGUCAACGGUACUCAACCUGGCUCGUCGUUGAUGUGCUUCUACUUUGCUGGCCAAGGUAUCGUCGCAUGGAUUCUGACGGCUCUCGAAGGACAGCGCAGAGUGAACGAGGAGAACUGGAGAGUCGUUUCUCUGACCACUGUGUACGGUCUGCUGUUCCAAGGUCUCGGUAUCGGAAUUGUAGGCCCAAUCUUUCUCGCAUUCGCUCCUCUAGGAGAUAUAUCAACGAGUCCUGUCCUGGUCCACCACAAGACAGAUGUAGAUGCCAUAAUCCCUGCAACGAUUGGCGGAAUCAUCAUACCAACAAUUUUGAUGUCACUUCAUACACCAACGGUUGUCUCAUUGGAGUCCAAAGUUGACCUCAUCCGUCUAUGGCAAUUCUUCCCGUUGCUCUUCCGCCUGAUCCAGCGUGCUUGGUCCAGCUUCUUUCUCGUCCGAUUGAAUACCUAUAGAGAUGAGCUCGCGGAGAAGAGUCCUCGAAAUCAAAGGCAAGCCCUUCGCCGUGUCUAUAUUUUCGGGCUCUGCUGUGCGGCUAUCCCUCACACUGGAACCAUUGCUGCAUCGACGAUAAGCCUGCUGUUUCCCACGUUCUUUGGACACAAUAUCUCGGCAGAAUUCCACCCGGCCAAUCUUUUCAUUCCUGUUUCGCCGUUCUCUGGAAAGCAGGCAGGUACGGUGGGCGAGGGUGCACACUGGUUCUUACAAUGGGACAUGACACUCAUGUUUCUCACUUACUCGGUCUGGGCAUACUUCGCGGUCGUCAAGGUGAUCUAUCCUAGGUCAGGUGUAUUCUCAACUUCGUUGUUACUGCGUCUUACUGGCUGGUCUUUACUGUCCGGUCCCAUGGGCGCCGCUUUGCUCGCGUUCUGGGAAAGGGACGACAUUUUUGAAGCCGAGGAGCAGAAGAUCAAUUCUCGCAAGGUCUCGGCCGCCGGAUUUGCCUCUAUCUCGCAGGCUGCUGAGAAGAGCGAGUGA